AUGCAGUCCUUUCUUUUCAUUGUUAUGCUAUUCUCUCUGAGCCUGAGUGCUCUUGCUAUUCCAGUGACAUCUGAAAAACGCCUUCAAGGCCGGUCCUUCAAGGUGGAACAUACAAAACGCAGUACCGAUGCCAUCCAUGGCCCCGCCGCACUGCGCAAGGCGUACCGCAAGUUCGGCAUCGAUACGACAACCCUUACUGGCAUUGAUGUCAGUGACUUCAAGCCUUUCGACACCAAGGUAUCUACCUCUGGCAAGAACGCCAAGGAGGAUGCGGGGGAAUCAGACCAGACGGGCUCCGUGUCGGCGACUUCGGUCCAGGGGGACGUUGAAUUCGUCUCGCCUGUGAGCAUUGGUGGCCAGACGCUUGACAUGGAUUUUGAUACUGGCUCUGCUGACUUCUGGGUGCUGAACUCGAGACUUCCAGAGUCUGAACGAAAGAACCGAACAGUCUAUGAUCCCAGCAAAUCCAAGACAUUCAAAGACGUCACCGACAGCACUUUCAAGAUCUCCUAUGGUGAUUCAUCCUUCGCCUCAGGUGGCGUAGGCAAGGAUACCGUCUCAAUCGGUGGUGUGGAAGUUGAAGGGCAGAUGAUCGGUCUCCCAACUAAAGUUUCAGACACCUUCACCGACGACGCCGACUCCAAUGGACUCGUCGGCCUUGGCUUUUCUUCGAUCAACACCAUUGACCCAGGCCCACAGAAGACUUUCUUCGACAAUGUUGUCUCCACUCUCGACGAGCCCGUCUUCUCUGUUCGUCUGAUUGCUGACGGCGUGGGUCAAUAUGAAUUCGGCACCAUCGAUCAUUCCAAGUACAAAGGCGUUCUGGCCAAUGUCAGCGUCGAUUCCUCCAAUGGAUUUUGGCAGUUCGGCUCAGCACAGUACUCCAUUGGAGGAGGUGCAUUCAACCCGAUCAACGAUGUGCCCGAGGCCAUUGCCGACACCGGUACCUCACUGAUGCUGGUGAGCCCUGACGUUGCCGCGGCGUAUUACAAGCAGGUUGAUGGUGCCAUCUAUGCAAACAACGCCGGAGGAUAUAUCUAUCCUUGCACUGCCAAGCUGCCUAGUCUUGCAGUCGCUGUUGGCACUGCGUACUCGGCCAGCGUUCCUGGAUCGCUCGUCAACUUCUCUGAGGUUGGAACCAACACCACAACUGGUGAGACUGUAUGCUUUGGCGGAAUUCAGUCAAAUGCAGGCUCAAGCCUGGCGAUCUAUGGUGAUGUGUUCUUGAAGGCCCUCUUCGUGGUCUUCGAUCACCGCGGUCCUUCUCUGGGAUUCGCGGCACCCGCGUGA